AUGAAGGGGAAAAAUAACGCACUUAUAGAAAGAAAAGAAAAAGAUCAAAAAAAGAAAAAGGAAAAAAAGGAAAAUGAAAAAUUAGAAAAUAGAAAAAAAGAAAAUAUUAAGAAAAAAAUUGAUAUGAAAAAAAAAAAUGAAAUAGAUAUUAAAAAUAAAAAUGAAGUAGAUAUUAAAAAUAAAAGUGAUACUGAUAUAAAAAAUAAAAAUGAAAAAGAAUAUGAUGAAAAAAGAAAAAUAGAAAGUGAUAUAAGAAGUAGAAGCGAUAAUAAUGAAAAAAAAAAUAAUAUUUUAAAAAAUUCAACAUUAACCGAUAUGUACUUAUCAAACGGAAAUUCAGAAAAAUUAGGGGUUACACAAAUGAAUCAUAAAAAUUUCAAUUCUCUAAUAAGUGUUGUAAAUAUAGAAUUAGAAAAAAAUAUAAAAAAUAUAUUAGGAGUAAAUUUUUGUGAUGAAUUAAGAAAUGCAAUUUUUAAAAAUUCCUAUUCUGACUAUAAUUUUGAUGAUAUUUUAAUUUUUAGAAAUCCUCAAAAGUAUUACAAAAAAAAUUAUGCAUUAGUUGUAGAUAUAAAAACAUUUUCUUACUUCAUAAAGAAAAAUAAAAAUUCUACAGUAAAUUUAGAUGAAAAUAAAAAUAAAAAUAACGGAAUAGAUAAUUCUAAUGAAAAAGAAGAAUUAAAUUGUAUUUUUAUUAAACCAAAGGAAUAUAUUUCAUUAAAUGAAGAAGAAAUUAAAAAAGAAAUAAAAUCAACAAAUAUAAUAGAAAAUAGGAAAAAAUUUAAAAAGUAUAUAUAUAUUGAUAAAAAGAAAAAAAUAUAUAAAAAACCUGAGUUUAUGGAAAAAAAUGAGUUCACAUCCAUUAAAAAUAAUACAAUACAUAAUUCUGUGUUAAAAGAGAAAACUUUAGAUUUUUUUUCAAAAAAUUCUAUUAUUCUUCAAAACAAAAAUUGUCAAACAUAUCAAACGGUAUAUAAAAGUUUAGGAACUCAAUAUAAUAUAGAAUUUUUAAAAAAGAAGAAAGAAGAAAUAUUAAAAUCAAAUAAGUUACAAAAAUUUCUUUAUCAAUUUUUUCCUAUUAUUGAAAAAUCAAUAAUCGAAAAUCUGAUAAUAUCUCCGAAAGAAGAACAAAAAAAUAAACAAAGCAAUGAUGUUUUUCCAUUUAAAAAUAUCAAAAAUUUAAAUAAAAUAUUUAUAUAUACAGACGUGAAAUAUACAACAGAUAAAGUUGUUUUAUUUACACUCUAUUUAUCUUUAAUAAAUUAUUUAAUAUUUGUAAUUUAUGUUAAUAAUCAUAAAAAUGAUAAUUUUAUUGAAGGAGUUAAUACAGAUAGUUAUAUUCUUAUUUGUGCUGUUGUAAAUGAAAAAGAUUAUAAUUUGGUUAUUGCUGGAUGCAGUAAUGGAUUGUUAGUUAUAUGGAAAUUACCUCAGAAUUUUUAUGGAAAGUCGAUUUUAGAUUCUAAAAUAAACGAAAAAACAAUUGAUAUAGAACCUUACUUGUUUAGUAGCAUUGAGCAAUCACACAAAAGAGAAGUAACGUCUCUUAUAUUUUUAAAUGAUAAAAACUUGAUAUUAUCUGAAAAGAAAAUAUCUUUUAAUUACCAAAAAAAUUACCAUUUAUUAAUUUCCAUUUCUGUUGAUGGAACAAUUUUAAUAUGGGAUGCAACAAAUAUUGAAAUCAUUGAAGUAAAAAAUAAUAUGAAAAAAAAAGAAAAGGAGCCUGUUGAUGAAUUGUAUAGUUUUAAACCACUUUUCAAAAUAACUAUUACUAGACCAAAUACAGAAUAUUCUUUGGGAUUCACAUAUUUUCAUUUUAUGGAAAUAAAUCCAAAUGUCGCAUCAUUUUUCGCAUUUUCAGAAGAAGGAGAAUAUAUAGUCGGUAAUAUGUACGGAUGUAUGCAAAAAGAGAAAAACUACUCUAUUAUUGGAAAAUUAAAUGAUGAUUAUAAAAAUUUUAAGACAUUGUUAUGUGUAAAGAGAAAUAAUAUCUUGAAAUCUUUAAUUCUAACUUUAACUGAUACCAAUUUUUAUUUAUGGAAAGAAAAUGAAGAACAUCCUUUAUAUAUAUCUCCCAAGAGCAAUGAAAUAUAUUCUUGUUGUGAAUUUAGUCAAGCAAAAAUAAGUAUAAUAUUCAUAGGGAAAAUAAAUGGACAAAUUGAAAUAUGGAAUCUACUAGAUCAAAAAAAUCAUUAUAUAUACUCAUUAACGAUUAGUAGUUAUAGCUUAACAUGCAUAAAUAUUUUUCAAAAUUAUGAUUCUGAAUUAUUUAAAAACUUAGAAAAAAAAAAGAAACCAAUUAAAAAUGAUAAUCUUGACAUUAUUUAUGAAAGUUAUGAUGAAAUUAUAGACACUAAUGAAUAUUUAAUGAGUAAAAAUGAAGAUGAUAUUUAUAAAUAUGCCUACAACAAGAUAAUAAUUGGAGAUUCUAGUGGAUGUGUUUUUGUUUAUGAGAUUGAAGAAAAUUUAAUAAAUUCAUCAAAAGAAGAAAUUAACGAAUUUUUACUGUGGAUGGAAAAUAGAAUAUAUUUGAAUAAACAAAAAAUAAAGAGACAACUAGAACUGUGUGAGGAAAAGGAAAAAAUGUUAAAGAAAGAAGAAAAAAAAACAAAUGAAAGAAGAGAGCAAUUAAAAACUAAGCUUGAAGAAGAUUACAAAAAUAUAUUAGAAAAAUAUAAAAGCUAUUUAUUAGGUCAAAAAAUAUAA